ACAUUAGGAAGUCGAAGCCCAGUGUAUGUGUCUGUCACACAAUAUUUUGAGAUUGUAUGUGGUUCGGUGAUUUGGUGUGGUAUAAUUAGAGUUUAUUUGUAUGUUAUUUCGCAUUAAGGGUUAACAAUGGCUUCCCAAGCUUUAGCAUCGUUAACUGCAACCUAUACCGAUUCAGAAGGUGAAGAAGAUAUGGAAGAUCAGACACCUGAAAAGGAAGAACUAAAGGAAACUCAUUCAGAGCCAACUAGCCCUAAAAAAAUUGAAGAUAAUAACAAACCAGCAUCUGCACCUGUUAGUCCAAAAAGAAGAUUAGUUUCAUACGUGGACGACACGGUGGUAUCUGACGAGGAGCCGCUGUCGCCCGCGCCCGAGACGCAGGACGACAUGCGGCGCCUGUCCAUGGAGACGGACACGGACGAGGCCGUGCCGCGCUCCGAGCCCGAGGAGAGCGAGGACGGCGUCGCCAUCCCGCCCGAGCCGCCCGGCAAGUGUCCCAAGGAGCUCCAAGAUACCAUCGCUAAGUAUUACAGCCGCAUGUUAAAUGAAGGCUUGGACAUGAAUAAGAUCAUACAAGACAAAAAAAACUUUAGGAACCCAAGCAUUUACGAAAAGCUAAUACAGUUCUGUGAUAUCAAUGAACUAGAUACAAAUUACCCACCGGAGAUCUAUGACCCAUUAAAGUGGGGAAAAGAAUCCUAUUAUGAUGAAUUAUCCAGAGUACAGAAGUUAGAGAUGGACAGAAGGGAGAAGGAGAAAAAAGAGAAACUAGCUAAAAUAGAUUUCAUCACAGGAGUUGCUAAGAAAUCGGAGAGUGAUGAUGAAAAAAAGAGAAAGUCUAAAUGGGAUCAAGCAGCCCCUAAUGUAUCAAACAAGCCCACGAUCAAACAGCCCGGCCUGGUGCAGCAGCCACUCACCAGCAAUGUCACAGGAACUAAGGGAACCAUUAUAUCUGCCUUCGGCUCCUUGCCCAAGAAACCCAAAAUAUGACUGCAGACAAGUGCUUAUCAUUAAAAUUAUGAUGACUCUUACCACAAGUGUAUGACAGACAGAGCUGUGAAGCCUUAUAUUGUACUGACAAGUUGUAGUCUCUCUGAAUUUAGCUAUUUUGUUAACAGUGGCAAUUGAGGCCAAAUACUAACUGCAAAAGGAAAUGACUGACUUCACUUGGGCCAAGACUUGUUGGCCAAUCUGUAUUUGACUAUGUGCAUAAACAAGGUUGUUAAUAAUGAAAAAUAUAUUCUUAACAGAUAAUA